AUGGGCCACAUGAGAGAACAAGGACACUGCGAGACAUGUUGGGCAGUAGUGGUGUCUGAGCUUAUUAGUGCGUUGCGCUUUAUUGAGGGUAUAGACGAGGAGUAUACAGAGUACUCGAUCCAAGAACUAGUUGAUUUUGCUGCUCCGUCGAAAGUAAAAGACUGCUCAGAACAUCAAUGUUACACGCUAAGCAUAGGGAAAGGUUUGGAAUAUGUACUCAAACAUGGGCUUCAAAAGGCAAUUCAUAGGAAGUAUGUAGGGUGUAGAAAAAAGUCCGAGAUACCAGCACGUUCUACAGUUGAUCUGGCACACAUAGAUCGCGUGGAUAGGUUAUCUUUUGAAGAAGCACUUAUCAGACUUGAGAGACAACCCAUUGGAGCUUCCCUCCACAUAUUCAUGCCUGAUUACAAGUUAACUAUAGGGGGCGUUUAUCGUGGCCCAUUGGAACGGAAUUCUAAACUAGUAGGAGCGCAUGCUGUUUCAAUAGUUGGUGUCGUAGAGGAAAAAGGAGAAAUGUGCUUCCAAGUGAAAUCAACCCACGGUACGAGGGUAGGAGUGGAUGGGUACCUCAAAGUUUCGAUGGAGACUAUGUUGGUUCAACUUCCUAGAGAGGGCAUGCUUCCUGAUGGUACUGGAGAUGAAACAAAGCGAUGGGAUGACGAAGCAAUAGAUGAUUUCUACAAAGGCGAUCUACCUAAGUGGGUUCCGGAUGAUGCUUUGAUUCCAUCCAGUGAGCAUGAUCAGUUUUACGAGGUUAAGGACUUAUGA